AUGACCGAACAAGCCCCAGCGAGAGAUGCCGCCGAAGAGCGCAGCGCCGUCGAGCAGAUUGUCUCCACCAAGGCCUACGUCGAUAAGCCCGAGCUACUGUCCUGGUACACCAGCGAGCUCGAGGAGCCCAAGCCCGAUGUCAGGGAUCUGUUCGAGAGCUACAGCAAGGUGCCCCGGGCGGACGUGGUAGCGCACAUCAAGCACAUCAGGGACGAGGCAUUCAAGAUUCAUCCUUACCCAUGUCUGGGCAACUGGGGCUUCCUCAACUUUUCCAUCGGAACAGGGCCCGCGUACCACCAAGUCGUCAGCCGCAUCAAGAAUGGAGAGCGAUUCCUCGAUCUGGGCUGCUGCAUGGGCCAAGACAUUCGCAAGCUUGUCCGCGACGGCGCUCCGUCGGGGAAUACGUAUGCUUCUGAUCUCAAGAGGGACUUUUGGGACUUUGGCUACGACAUGUUCCUUGACAGGUCGACGCUGCAGACCGAGUUUGUGCAGGCCGACAUCUUCGACCCUGACUCGCAGUUGAAGCAGCUGGAUGGCACCGUUGAUAUCGUCAAUGCAGCCUCAUUCUUCCACCUUUUCGACUGGGACGGCCAGGUCAAGGCCGCAAAGCGCGUGGCUCAGCUGUUGAAGCCGGUGCCCAACUCGGUCAUCAUUGGGCGGCAAGGCGGACAGCCCCAAGCCGGCAAAAUUGCGCAUUUGAUGAAGGAUGUAAAUGCCUUUUGGCACAACGUCGAGUCAUGGAAGGAUAUGUGGAAGAAGGUUGGCGAGGAGACGGGGACAGAGUGGACGGUUGAAGCCAAGCUUGGCGAAGAAGACUUGUCCAAGAGGAUGAAGACCCAGCUGAUCCCCCCUGCAACGGGGUUCAUGACGUUUGUUAUUCGCAGAGUGUGAGUGCGUUCAAGUCGAGAUGGCGUAGAACAGAAUGAAGCCCUUUGC